GCUGUGUGUGUGUCUGUGUGUGUGUGUGUGUGAGACAUCUAUGAACUGGGAAGCCCCUGAGUUGCUGGAUGUUUCCUCAGCGCUCAGAAGUGUCCCCCUGCUUCACUACAGCCUGAACAAUUGGAACUGCUGAGGAGACUUCAGGGAUUAUUACACAGCUACCUCAUUAGCACUCCAACAGUAUGGCAGACUCAUCCACUUCAGCAGUUUUCAAGUUAGAGGAGUUUGAGAAUGAAGAACAGGGAGUACCUUUUUCUCUUAUGGAUCCCCCUCGUGGAGCCGGCAUUGAACAACCUAUAGCUAAGAGUUCUCCCAACCUACGAAGACACCCAGGGAAGGAACCACGUUUACGCACGGAGUCUGCUUCAGACCCCAGCGAGACAGACAAACUGGGCGAGCUCCACCCUUUUCGUUCCCGUUCUCGUUCUGCUCCAUCUUCCAUGAUUGCUACAAAAUAUGGACGAGAGUUAAGAAGAAUGAGUGAUGAAUUUGAAAAAAGCUUUACGGGCCUUCCUCGUCCAAAGAGUGCUGGUGCAGCGGGUCAGAUGACGGGGAACAAAAGCAUCAGUGAAUUUAUCUUUGGUUUCUUUACAAGACGGAAAAGUAAAGGGAAGGAUGAGUCCGGGGACGAGGAGUGAUUCUGUUCUGGGAUAGGAACUGCCCACUAUGUGAAAUAUUUGCAGAAUACACAACAGUUUCACUGGUCUGCGCUGUCCUGUGUUUUAGAGAAGUGUGAUGGUAAAUUCGAAUCGGAACACAAUGCAGGCGUUUGGGCUGAACAAACUGAAUAUUCUUUGUAUAGUAAGCUGCUGGGUAAAAUAGUGGGUGAUUACACAAUGCUGGUGUCAGCUUCAUUAUGGAAAGGAGCUGGAUAAAUGAAUCGAUAAGUGUUAAAUAUGAGCUCAGAACAUAACUUUGAAAUAUUAGAGUGCCACACUGUGAAAGAUAAUCUUUUUUUUUUCUUCUUAUUUAUCUAUAAACAAAUGGAGAUGAUUGUUUUAACCUUGA